AUGGUUGGGGUGGGGGACAGGCAUGGACAGGAGGAACCCCACCUGUUCACCUAAGAGCCCAGGAUACCCGCCACAGGGAUGGCCUCGGGGGCUGGGCAGGGGGCUCUGCAAUGGAGAGAGUGGGACAUAGCUGAGCUCCAGCUGAACCACACAGGACUGCGGCAGGACCCCAGGCUGCACUGGCAGGGGGGCCCAGAGCUGGGCCGCUCCUUCCUGCAUGGACCACAGCUGGACAACGGGCAGCUGCGUGUCCAGCGUGAUGGCAUCUAUAGGCUGCACAUCCAGGUGACACUAACCAACUGCUCCUCCUCGGUGAAGAACAUGGUGUCCCGCAGGGCCAUCCUGGCGGUGGGCAUCUGCUCCCCAGUGGCGCGCAGCGUUAGCCUGCUUCGUCUCAACUUCCACCUCAGCUGCACUGUCUCCUCCCAGCGCUUGACAUACCUGGCCCACGGGGACACCCUCUGCACCAACCUUACACUGCCUCUGCUGCCCUCCCAAAAUUCUGAUGAGACUUUUUUUGGGGUUCAGUGGGUGCACCACUGAAUGCUAUACCUCCUCACUCAGAUUUUUGGGAGAGAUUGUU